AUGUCAAACUCUCUAGGAAGCCUACCAGGGUGGCAUGUGAAUUUUGUCAUUCCAAGCACCUGCAGUGUGACGACCGUCGACCCUGCAGUAACUGCAUCAAACGAGGGCUUCACCAAGAUUGCAAGGACUCCAUUCGAAAAAAAGAAGUCCACAUCUCGUAAAGACUCCAUCGACUUAUCUUUAGAGUCUAUGAGCCAAGUCGGCCAGCUUGGUGAAUUUGGCUCCACCUCUGCCAUUGGUACCACGAAUAUUAUACGCCUUCUGGACUCUGACUCAACGGCAUUUUCUGUUAGUGGACAGUCCAAGAAACUUCAAAUCGGUGGAAAAGUGAAGAAAAAGCGCAGAAAGUAUCGAAAGCGAAAGAAGAAAGCAGACUCUCCUAUGAAAAUGAUUCAAGUGACUGAACAAACACAAAAACAUGUUCCUGAUUCCAAACAGGAGGCCCCUACCAGAUUUCAUUCGCCAUCGUUGCCAGCAGGAUCCCAGAACCUUUCAGCCGCCAGCUUUGUCAAUUUUGAGGACACCUCCAAAGCAAUUUUGCCAUUCAGUUUGUCUGUUGCAACCUUGAAUAAGCUCCUCAGUCAUGCUUCCGGUGUAUUACCGCCGUCACAAGUACCAACUUUUCAACUUCCCCCUAAACCACAAUCGCACCUUGCUUCUUCACAGAUUGAUCCUGCCUUCAAUUCUUCUACCAUCAGGGUAAUUAAUCCCGAUAAUACUAGCGAUAAUGCCAAUGUCAGCACACUGAGCGAUCAUAUACCAACGGAAGUAUCCUCUCACACUCCUCAAUACAGUGCAUUUGAUUCUGGAGUUGACCUUCAGUCUACAGUCGAUCCGGAGGAGCCUCUUGAAUUUAAUGCUCCUUCUUCGAGACGACCUUCUUUGGCGUCUAUUUCAGCCUCAUCGCAUACUCUUAAUGUUCCUCAUCAGUCAUCAAAUCAGGAACUGUUAUCAGCUCCCGCUUCAAUUGAUUCUUCAGUCUACAAACAGAAACAACUGCAGCAUUCGUCUCGUGAUUCUUCCCCGCAUCACCAAUUCCCGAAUGCCUUAGAUCGCAAAUCUCCAGAGGGAUCGUCAGACAAUUCGAGUGGUAAAAAGUUCAUGUCAACCACUGCCAACGAUGAAUACGUGAAGCUGACAGACUUGCUCAAUACAAAUCCCCCCUCUCCAUCUCAAGACUUUUUGGAGGAUUUUAGUGGUCACAUAGAUACUGACGACGAUUACCAUAUCUCGCUUCCAUUCAUAGAGAUUGGUAUCGAUGAUAACAGUAUGAGAACCUCAUAUACAAACAACACCACACCAAAUUCCUAUAUUUAUAACGGCGAGCAUUCUCAUAUGCCUAAUACGGCGAGAGAGAUUCCACAUGACUUGCAAGAGGAUGAUGAUUUUACCUCUCCGCUAAUAAUGAGGCAUGUCAUCAAGAAACCAGAUGAUAUUUAUUUGACCAGCAUAGUCAAAGCUUAUCAAUACCCUAAGGCAUAUCAUGCUCUCAUUGCUUACUUAAAGCAGAGGUUUGACAAGAAUCAAUUGAUUGAAGUAGCCAAGUGCAUGGCAAAAUACAGACCAUCGUUCAUCGCCGCUACAAAAUCUUUAUAUGAAAACGAUUUGAUCUUUACGGAAAGAUCGUUCCAAAGAGCUUUGUUGGAGUAUGAACAGUUGAUAAGCCUGUCCCCAUCACCCACUAUUAUCUGGAGAAGAACGGGAGAAAUUGUGGCGUUGACAAACGGAUUUGCCACCAUGACAGGCUACUCAAAGAUGUCACUUUUGUCUAAAAGAACAUUCAUUGUGGAGCUGAUGGAUGAUGAAAGUACCCUAAAGUACUUUCAAAGUUUUAGCGAAAUGGCAUUUGGUGAUUUGAAUGCCACCUACCUCACUGAUUGUAACUUGAGAAAGGCCGACGACAAUGACUAUUUAAAGUGUUGUUGUGUUUGGACCAUCAAGCGUGAUGUAUUUGAUAUUCCAAUGCUUAUUGUAGGCCAAUUUCUUCCUGUAUUAAGCUAG